AAAAAACAUGUCAAUCAUUUAGUCGACCUGUUUUAUCUGAUAGCUUGAAGCCAAUCUCGAUGGGAUACUGUAAAAAGUCAUAAAUACUAACAAUGAUACCGAUCUGGCUUUUAAUAUAUUUUGUAAUGUGUAACGGUUUUGUAUCUCAGAGCUGCUUGCCUUCAUCAAACGCCCAUUACAAAGUGGACAAUAAAACGGAUAUCUCAAGUUCUUCGUUCAACAAAAGGAUAUUCUUAUUUGCGGAGACAUUUACAUCUUUUCUGCGGAAAUUUAUUCUAGGGAAUUCUCAAAAUAAACUUAAAUUUUUGAGACAAAAAAGGAAGACUUUACACGAUGAAGACUCUAUAGAUAAAUUAGUUUCACAAGUAAGAGAUUUGACUCAGAAAACUAAAGUAGUAAGAACUGGAAAUGGCAAUAAAACUAGUAAUAUAAUGCGUAAUAACGGCUCAGAUGUGGCAAAUAAUUUGUUAAAAGCCCUUACUAAGUUAAUCCAAGGAAAACAAACGGAUGUAACAGUUCGUAAUGAAGAAGACAAUCGUAAGAAUAUGUCGAAAAUCGUUAUAUCGUAUAAAUAUCAAGGCAAGAAGUCCAAUGUAGACAAGGAUGUUUAUGAUGAUGAGGAGGAGGUAGAGGAAGAAAAGUUUGAGGCUGAUAAAGAGGAAGAGGAUGAGGAAGUUGAAGACGACGUAGAAAAGGAGAAGAAGGAAAAGUUAAAAAAGAACGUCCUAAAAGAAAUGGAAUCCACAUUAGGCUUAACGGCUGAAAAAGUAAAAAAAGAUAAAACCUUUACAACGAUUAUUAUGAAACAAACCAUAAUUAUUAACAAAACAUUACCAGACGCUAAAACACACAAAGUAUAUAAGACUAAAGGAAAAGUAUUAAAUGGGUUAAAUGGGAAAUCUAAGACUAAAGCAAAAAUAUUAAAUAGAUUAAAAGGGAAAUAUGGAGAUUUCAAAUUUCCAAAAUCACAUUCUGACAGAAAAGGAGUUCCAUCAUCGAAGCAUAAAAAUUACAUGCAUAAUAUUUCCUUUCCACCAAUAUUGCCUUCAGAUAAAGAUCAUUUGGUAAAAUAUCUCCAAAGAAGCAGAGUGGAUAAGUUGAAAGUCUGGCGUGUUAAGCGUCGGGUUCAAAAUAAAUUGUUUGUUAAUGGUGGCAGUGAUGAUGAUCGUCUGCUAUUAGUGAAACCCACAUUAAUGAAGCCUUUCAAGUUUCAUUCAGAGGCAAAUAUUGACUUUCACAUAAGAUCAACCAAUUUCACUCAAGAUGAAGUGCCAGUGGAUAUCAGUAUUGACAACACUCAUUCGAAAACAUCGGGCCAAAGAUAACAUUAAUCAGAAACUUAUGGUCGGCAUCGUAUUAUCUUUAAUAAAACGAGAAAUGUUAAG